GUGUCGUUCAAAUUUAUUCGGUGUAUCGGUUUUAGUUAAAGGGUUGCGCUAAUAUCAUACUUGUUCGUUAUUGACCGUUUCCGAUUGUUCACAUUGACGAUUGAGUUUCUAUUCUGUGUUCAGAAUGAGUAUUUGUUCUACAUUUCUACUCAUUUUUAUCCCCUCACCAGCACUAUCAUGACUUCCACUAAAACAUAUUUUUAGUUCAGCCCAAAGCCUACCGACACCUAGUUUUUAGGUCAAAGGAACAAUUAUUAUGUUAAACAGUCGAAAGACCAGUACUAGUGGUUCUGUCUAGGCUCAAUUACCCUAUGAAAACUUCACUACGAUAUUCCUAUUAAUAGGAAGCUAAUUGGCCUCAUCCUUCCAUUUCAAGAUGUUCUAAUAAUGUCUAUUGUAACUCCAAAAGCCGCGAGAUCUUGAUUUGUGGAUUUGAUGCCAUUUGAAAACGUUGAUUAAACUGAAAAUUUUUUGCACCCAACAAUUGGUAGUCACUAUUUAUGUUUCUCAAGACACUAAUGGUUAUGUCUUGUUCCGUCAGCUACAGAAAAUGGAUUUGAUUUAUUUGCUGUCUAGAGGAUAGGGCUAACUAUAGCCUAUUUCUCUAAUAGAAGUGUUAAUAUGUUUGUUAAGACAGCCAAUUAUACAGUUCAUUCGGAAUAGAUUUUACUAGUUUAAGACAUUUACGUAAUUAAAAGUCCGCUUCCGCUGGUAUCGAAUAUCGCAUAUUCAGGACUCCUCUGCAGUAACUGUGUAUUCUGGGUCUAUGUCGAUCUUCGAGGAGAACUUCCUGAAUCGGAUUUACCUAGUGGAGACUCAUGUAGCUUAAUAGGUCAUUCAUCAUAUUGCUUCUUAUACUUAUGAUAUUGGAAAGUAACCUUCUUGAGUAAUUGAAUUUUUGUCUACCGCUUCCUUAUCGUGCGAGAAGUCAGUUCUCAUAAACCUUUAGUUAUGCGUCUUAAUUUAUCAGUCGUUCUUACAAGUGUCCCCUACCCAUUUACAAUCUUGUUCAAUGUUUGUCAAUAUAUAGAAGAUAAAUGGUCUUUCUCAGGAGAGUCCUAAAACAAAUGGUACAUGCUCAUUUAAAUGGCCUUAAACUUAACAAACAUCUUCAGUUAGUAAAUACACAUUAAAAAACAACUGAUCCAGGCAUUUCAAUGCUGGUUAAGCGUUCGCGCACGAGACUGAAGGCCUUCGGUUUGAAUCUGGCGAGCGGGAUCGUGGAUGCGCACUGCUGAGGAGCCCCAUAAUAGGACGAAACGACCGUCCAGUGCUUCCAGGUUUUCAAUGGUGGUCUAACAUCUGUCGGUUCAUGAUCUCAAUCAAAAACUCAACAAUCUCCACAACCCCUAAACCGAUAAUAAUUAGAUUCUUGGGUUAAAGCGGCAUUUAUGUUCAAGAUCUAAAGAAAAAAACAUUUCUGCUCUAGUGCUAAGCUUAAGCCUUAGAAGAAAUUCAGGUUUUUUCGUAAAUAAUCUCAACCAUCGCCUCUAUUGGGUUAUUGGAGAAAAUAAAUAUUUUCACGUAAUAGUCACAUAUAAGCCAAAAUGACCAUCAUGAUUGCUAAUUUACGUCUGAACAAUAUACUCAGAAAACAUGUUACUUCAAUAAAGGCUCGAUUCGAAUAAUGUAAAUCAAAUCAAAGCUUACAGUAUAGUUUUGUCACAGUUGCUCAAUUUCUUCAUUUUUCAGUUGUGUUACAGGUACAGUCAUAGAAUUAGCAUUUUCGCAUGGCUCUUCAAAGAUAGAUCCUCAUACUUUUCUAAAACUUUGAAUACUUAUCUACUUGUAGGUACUGAUAAAAGUUUUCUAAACCCCAAGAAUUUAGAACUAAUUUGUGGUCUAAAUAAAGUGUUGAUUGAGCGCGUUUGUUAGUUACCUUGCCCUAUGAGCUACCUAUAUUGUACCUGGGGUAUCGAACCUUACACAGCAGUAUGACAAUUGGCUUAUGAGUUUAACAUAUCUGAGUGUAUUUGGAGAAUUUCUUGUUCAAAUCGAUUGAGAGUGUAACUGAUAUCGCUUAAAUAAAAUUGCGAGUAAUAGCUACUAUUUUAGUGAUAGACCAAAGUGCUUAGGCUGUUGGUAAUGUAUAAAUCAGGAACAGGUCACAACCAACGUCAAAGUUAUGCUAUCUGAGGUCUAAAGCGGUUUUUAUUUUAUAGAACCCGUCGGUCAUUGAUGUGACUGGUAAGUGAUAAUCCAAACCUGUUUCAUUACUAAUAUGUAUACAUCAAAAAUCGUGAUAAACCAAAAUUAACUGGUAAUUAUCAAGAUUACGGGUGUGAAGUGUUUACUAGUCAGGGAUAUAAUAUUAGUAUUCAUUUAUAAUAAUACUUAAAAUGUACUUCGACAAAUGUUUAUGCAACAAUGUAAAAACUCUCACUAUGAAGCAUUCAGUUCAAGCAAAGGGUCAAGACCAAACAAAAAGUUCAAACUAAUAUAUUUGAUUGUUGUUUUUCUUUAAGUUUUUGUGCAAGAGAAAUAUAACAAGAAUUGUUUCGCGGUUUUGGAUAAGUCUUUUUAGCCUUGUACAUUAGGGUGUUUUCGCUGUUCCAUCAUAAAUGUACGUAAAUAUUUUUCUCUUAUUGAUUCAUAUUAAGACUUUAUUAAUUUUUGUUCAUUUUUAGCCACGACAAUGAAUAAGUUGAAAGCGAACAGAACCAAAAGUAGAGGUCCUGCAGAUAAUGUAAUAAAAAAUUCAUCUAACUUUGGACAGACAGAUAAAGAGCUAUAUGCAGUACUUAUUGCAGACCUUCUAUACGAUCGCUUCGAUCCUCUAAGUGACUACGUUCCCCCUUGUUUACUUCCAUUAUGUAAUGUUCCGCUGCUGCAUAUGACGUUAUCUACUCUUGCUUUUGAUGGUUUCAGGAACAUUCUAAUCUAUACUAUUAAAAGCUACAAAAGCGUUCAAGCAUACAUAAAUCAAACUACUUUAAGUAAUUGUUUUCCUGGAUUGAAAAUUUUUGUACGAAAUGUGGAAAAUUGUCAUAAUCUAGGUGAUAUUAUGCGUGAUCUUGAGUCAAGUGAAUUUCUUUGUGGAGUCUCAGACUUUUUGCUUGCUCCCGCUGAUCUGAUUUGCGGCAUCUCUUUGGCAAAAUUUGUUAAUAAACAUAAGGAACAACGUGAAAAAACACCCAACGCCAUACUCACUCUUCUAUUACCCCCCAUAACCGAAGCGAUAAGUUCAGUUCAAGCUUCUGAGCUCAAAGUUAACGUUAUAUUUUCGCGAACGAACAAUAAUCGUUUGAUCAGUCUUCUUCAUGAAUCUCAUCGUGACCUUUCUCCAGUUCUGCUUAGCGACUUGAUGAAACCCGGUGAAGUUAUCGAGUCUUCUCAACUGAUGGAUAUUCAACUGAGUAUUUGUAGUAAUCAUAUACCACCACUGUUUCAAGAUAAUUUUGACUAUGAAACUAUGGAUGAUCUUGUAAAUGGAGUGUUAACGAAUGAAGAAAUUAUGGAAUAUACCAUACAUGUUGAACCUUUACCAAAAGGACCGAUUGUGCUUCAGGCUGCUCCUGAUCUUAGUAGUUUGAUUGACUUAAACUUUAAACUUCUGUCUCGACAAGGUGGGUUUCAUUUGUCUCUGCCACCUUUGUAUGCCAAUCUAUCAGGCUCCGAAAUUGUAGCAGUUGGUCCACAAGUUUUUGUGUCUAAGUUGGCGAAAGUUCACCAUAAAGCCAGAAUAAUUGGAGCGUGCUUCAUUGGAUCUGGGUGCGAAGUGUCGGCGUUUGCUUGCUUAAUUGACUGUUCCCUUGGGGAAAAUUGUUUUGUAGGUGAAAACGCAUGUUUACGACGUGUUAUCGCUUUGAAGAACGUUCAUAUUUCUAGUCAUGUAAAGGCAGACGUAGCUUGGUUGUGUUCCGGUGUUCGUAUACUUUCUGGAUUUAAACUUCCUAACCGCUGUUUCAUAGGCCCGUCAUCAACCGCAGAUGUAACAUUGGGUCCAGGAUGUGGUAACUUGCCAAGUAACAGCGUUCUGGUCGCCCCUCGUACAGGUGAUUUAGUUAUAGACCCUUCAGUUGGUGGUGAACAAGCCUGGGCUGCCUAUUAUAAAAAAAGGCAACCUUCAGGGACAAGCGAUUCUGUGGAUAAUCUUUCCGAGGAAGAUACGCAAUCCGACCAAGUGUAUUUGACAAAUGAUGAAUUUACAAAUUGUCAUUUGUGGGAAACGGCCUGGGACAGAAUUAAAAAUGCAGCUAAAACACGUCGGCAGAGAAUGAAUCAAAAGUCUAGUCAUAGCCGAACUAGUGAUAUUCGUUGUAGCAAAUCCAGCAAGCCUCGCCGUAUGGUAAGUGAGAUAGAUGACAGUGAUGGAGAUUUGGAACAUCAAUUAAAAGAUACAUCGAAAACUGAAAGUGAUGGCGAUGAUGAGCAGUCAGAAAGCUUCAUAGUUACUGAAUUGAAACGAACUUUGGAACGAGGUGAACGACAUAAGUAUCCAGCUGAAACACUUAUACUUGAAGUUAAUUCUUUAAAACAUGCUUAUAAUGUACCUAUUGAAGAUUUUGGAUUCUUAUUGACAAAAGCCUUACUGGAGCUAACUCGUGAUCAUUUAUCUUCGAAAUCACAAAAUGAAUGCAGUAAAGCUGAUAUAACAGAAUUCAUCAUUAAUCUUCGUAAACUCCUAUUAAGCUUUAAUACUGUUCUGUCAUCAUGUAUGUCAGGAUUUCAAAAUACUGGCCGAGUUUAUCUUCAAGCCGUUGAAGAUGCAGCAUGCUAUGAUUCAUUGAUAUUUGCUUCUUCUAUGUCUAUUAUUCACACUAUGUAUGACAAUGAUUUAGUUUUAGAAGAUGAUAUAUGGUGGUGGAAAGAUAAUUCCCCACUUUUACUUGAUGAUGAUAUUUCUGAGAAAACUCGAUCAUUAAGAGAAAAAGUCAAACCUUUCUUUGAUUGGCUUGAACAGGCGGAAGAAGAAGAUGACGAUGAUAAGCAAUGACAUGUUUAUAACUUUGUACAAUACUUUUUCUUUACUUUAUGUGUUAUUUGCGGUGUACGUAUGAUAAAAACAAGUGUUAAAAAAUGUUUAAUCUGUUGCCAUUACAUGUACAUAUCAUCCUUUUUAUUGACUUUAAUUUCAAUAUCACCUAGCGAAACAUCUGCUAUGACAGGAGUUUGCUUUAUAAAUAUUUUCUUUGGUAGGUGGGAUGGAUGAAUUUUCCAGUAUUCAGCUGUGGCAUUUUUGAUUCAUUUCAUAUAUAAAAAUGAUCUGUUUUCUUAAUAUACACAGACCGAAGUCAAUAUUUAGUUGAAUGAAAUUUCUUCUCACAGCACUUGCGUAUAAACACAUUCUGUUGUCUUAACACGUUUUGGUUCCAUAACACAUACCUUGUCCUUACAUGUGCAAAAACAAUUUGUCAUAACCUUGAAUUUACCUUGUAAUCCUCAAGUCAUUCUAUGGCCUAGGAUAACACGAUAAUUUCUUAUUCUUUCUCUCUUCUUGGUUAUUUUCAAAUGAACUUUUAAUUGUUUGACCUUUAUUAUUUUCAUAUUAUUUUCAUAUAAACAUGUAUCUUACACAUUAAUACAAAUACCUAUUUAUAAAAAAUCCUUCACGUUGAUUGGAUGACUUAUUCAGUAUACAGUAAACCGAAGAACCUUGUACCUAUUUAUAUUCGAUAAUUUUGUUGUUUGGUUAUAUUUUCCUUGAAAAAGCUUGGACCAGAUUGCCAGGCGAAACGGUGGAUUUACUUAAAAUUCAUUCGCUGAGAUUUUACAAAUAUAUUCUUCUUUUUAACGUAUACAGAAUUGCCUGUAGGAAGUCAACCAUUUUAACAAACAACAGUAGCAGCCUUCAUCACUUUUC